UUCCAGUUCAAAGUGCGUCCUGUGGUCAAUGACCCUGGGCUCAGUGUUUGGACAGCUCACACUGUUCAGGCUUCACAGGAGGAGACACAGCAGGUGAGGAGACAUCGCCAUGACGACUGAAUACCACGACGACCCUGAAGACGACAGCAGCUCGUUCUGGAACAAAGAGCCUCGGCCUGUCUCUUUCUCAGGUCUCUCCAGGUUCAGACGUUGGCUGUUUCCUGCUCUGACGGCCACAUUCAUCCUGAUUCUGAUCAUAGCAGUGGGAGCUAACGACACGAAGGCGUCAAACCGGCUGUGGUAUGUGGAGAAGAGUGUUUCCAACCUGACUGGAACACUGGGCGCUGCGCAGCAGCUGGCUAAAGAGGCUGCUAAAGACGUUCAGAGGCUGAGGUUUUCUGUGGACAACAACAGGGACCAGCUGAGCUCUGUGUCAGACGCGCUGAGGCAGCUCUCAACCCUGGACUCCAUCAGCAGGACCGUCGCUAAGCUCAAAUGCUCCCUCGAACGCUUCAUGAACAACGGUUCGACCACAGACGGCUGCUGUCCUCUGGGUUGGGAUCUGUUCGGUUCCAACUGUUACCUGUUCAGUAAGAUAACUUCGACCUGGCACGAAGCCAGAGACUGGUGCAACGGACACGAGUCUCACCUGGUCAUGUUCCACAGUGAUGAGGAGUGGGAGUAUCUGAGCCGUCACACUUUAGGCACCUUCCACUGGGUCGGUCUGUCUGACGAGAGAACAGGGAAAUGGGAGUGGGUCAACGAGACGCCGUACGUCAUGAACCGCAGGUGGUGGAUACCUGGUCAGCCUGACAGCUGGACCGGUCACGGUCUCGGUGCCGGAGACGAGGACUGCGCUCACCUUCACAACAAUGGACGCCUCAACGACCUGCACUGCUCCACCAUGAUGCGCUUCAUCUGCCAGAGACACAGCAUGCGCAGCUAGAGACCACACCCACCUCCUCCGUGCAGGCUCCGCCCACACGCCGCUCACCUCCUGUGUGUGUGUCAGAUCCACUGUAGACCCCCACCGAAACACCAAUAAACAGUCUGACCCAUC